GUUCUCUUCUCGCACUCGUGGGAUCUGGACUGGACCCGGAGGGUUUCCUUCUUGUGUCCAGAAACCUGUAAAGGUUUUUGCUACACCUUCUAAGGCGUAUCGGCGUUUAAAACGUCGAUCUACUCACCCCGCACCAAUCAUGGCCUGUGUCUUGUAUGCAAACUCGGCGGAUGCGCCGAUCGGCGCUCUGCUGAUGGUUGACUACGUGAAGGAUCUAAAGAAAGUAAAGGUAGAAUGGUCUAAAGAGACAUCGUUGAAAAUUGGUGCAGAAACUUUCUCCUCCGUCCCCACAAUUUGUCGAUACCUUGCUCGGAGCGCCUCAAAGCUUGCUCUCUAUGGCGGCAACAUUUUGCAACAAACUGAGGUUGACCACUGGCUUUCCUUCAGCUCAGGCCCUUUGGUCUGUGCUCAUGACUUUGAGGAUGCUGUGGCAUAUUUCGAUCGCAUUUUGGGGCCUGUCACUUAUCUUGUUGGCGAAACAUUGACAGCUGCAGACUUUGCAGUGUGGGGUGCACUUCAUGGUUCCAGUAAAUUCCCUGCUCUUCUUAACAAGAAGACUUAUCCAAAUGUGAAGCGAUGGUACGAGUUCAUUAAAUCGCUGCCAUCCGUUCAGUCGGUGAUUUCCUCUCUUCCUGAAGAAGUGAAGGCUGCACCAAAGAGUCAAAGUCAGCCGACAGAUGAAACAGGGCGUAAAGAGGAGGGCAAGUUCAUUGAUCUGCCUGGAGCGGAAAUGGGAAAAGUGGUUGUCCGAUUUCCCCCAGAGGCCAGUGGUUAUCUUCACAUUGGUCAUGCUAAAGCUGCACUACUGAAUCAGUAUUAUCAGCAAGCAUUCAAAGGGAAACUUAUCAUGAGGUUUGACGACACCAACCCAGCCAAAGAAAAAGUUGACUUUGAAAAGGUCAUUUUAGAAGACUUGGAAAUGCUGGAAAUAAAGCCUGAUCAAUUUACCCACACAUCCAGUUACUUUGAUUUAAUGCUUGAAAUGUGUGAAAAAUUGAUGAGGGAGGGUAAGGCUUAUGUGGAUGACACUGAACCAGAACAGAUGAAGGCUGAACGAGAGCAGAGAACUGAAUCCAAAAACAGAUCUAACUCCCUUGAGAAAAAUAUGUCAAUGUGGAAGGAAAUGCUUAAGGCUUCAGAGUUUGGUAUUAAAUGUUGCGUUCGUGCCAAGAUUGACAUGGGCUCAGCAAAUGGUUGCAUGCGUGAUCCAACUAUCUACCGUUGCAAGCCAGAGCCUCACCCACGCACAGGCUACAAAUACAAAGUUUAUCCCACCUACGAUUUUGCUUGCCCCAUUGUGGACAGCAUUGAGGGUGUUACUCAUUGUCUAAGAACUAUGGAAUACCAUGACCGCGAUGACCAAUUUUAUUGGUUCAUCGAUGCAUUGGGCCUCCGCAAGCCUCACAUUUGGGAAUACAGUCGUUUGAAUAUGACAAACACAGUAUUAUCAAAGAGGAAAUUGACAUGGUUUGUUGAGGAAGGUCUUGUAGAUGGCUGGGAUGACCCCAGGUUCCCAACAGUGCGUGGAGUUCUUCGCAGGGGCAUGACUGUUGAAGGAUUGAAGCAAUUUAUCAUUGCCCAAGGCUCUUCUAGAUCAGUUGUUGUUAUGGAAUGGGACAAAAUUUGGGCAUUCAACAAAAAGGUUAUUGACCCAGUUGCUCCUCGAUUCACUGCCCUGGAGGCUGGUUCGACUGUUCCUGUGAUUGUGAAGGGUGUGAAAGAGGAGUGCCUUGAAGUGGCAAAGCACCCCAAAAAUGCUGACAUUGGCAUGAAGAAGGUUUGGGUUGGACCCAGAAUUCUCAUUGAUUACGCUGAUGCUGAAGUUCUGAAGGAAGGAGAGAAUACCACUUUUAUAAAUUGGGGCAACCUCAUUAUUAAGAAGAUUAACAGGAAGGGUGGCAAAAUUGAAUCAGUGGAGGCUGAGCCUAAUCUGGACAAUAAGGACUUCAAGAAAACACUGAAGAUUACUUGGUUGGCUGAAACUCCCAAAGCUGAAUUCACUCCUACCUAUUGUGUCUAUUAUGACCACAUCAUUAGCAAAGCUGUCUUGGCAAAGGAUGAGGACUUCAAGACUUAUAUUCCUAAGAGUACAAGGACGGAAGUGUCCAUGGUGGGAGAUCCAGAGCUUGCUGCUCUGAAAGUGGGAGACAUCAUCCAACUGCAACGUCGGGGCUUCUUCCGUGUUGACAGUGCCUAUGCACCAUUGAGCCUGCACACUGCCAAGGUGUCUCCUAUUGUCUUGAUCGCCAUCCCGGACGGGCACACGAAGGAGCAGCCCACUGCCGGAGCUCCCAAGAAGCAGGAGCAGGCCAUGAGCACCAAGGAGAAAGCACAGUCAGCCAAGGGCAAAGUUGCCGAGAAAUCUCCUGUUGAAGAGACUCCAGCCAAACCUAUCGGUGCAGUGGAUGCAGCAACUAUCAACACACUUAUUACCCAACAAGGUGAUCUUGUGCGGAAACUGAAGGGUGACAAAGCAGACAAGGCUUCAAUUGAUGCAGCAGUAAAAACUUUGUUAGAACUGAAAGCCCAAUUCAAAACUGCUGCUGGCGUUGAUUGGAAACCCGGCGUUGCUGUGCCACAGGCUGUAAGUGAAAAAACAUUUGGAAACAGCGAAGCUGCUAUCCUUGCUCAAAUUGCUGAGCAAGGCGAGAAAGUUCGUAAGAUCAAGGCUGAUAAGGCUCCUAAAGACCAAGUCGAUGCUGCAGUGAAGAUCUUACUGGAGCUGAAGGCUGAGUACAAGAAGGUAACUGGUAAGGACUGGAAACCUGGUGCCCAGGCCAGCAGCGCUCCAGUGUCUGCUACCCCCACCCCUUCUGCAGCUGGUGGAUCAGAUGAGUUGUCUGCUGCAAUAACCGCACAAGGUGACCUGGUUCGCAAGAUCAAAGCAAACAAAGCUUCGAAGCAGGAAAUUGAUGCAGCGGUGAAGGAUUUAUUGGAACUGAAGGCCAAGUACAAAGCAGCAAGUGGUCAAGACUGGAAGCCAGGUCAAGCUCCCACUGCAGCAGUUGUCACUUCACCCGCAUCGCCCGGUCCUGCCUCACCAGCUCCUGCUUCACCAGCUCCUGGAUCUCCAGCAUCCCCUGGCGGCAGUGAUCAGCGUAACAGCCUUCUUGAAAAGAUUGCGCAGCAGGGAGACAAAGUUCGGGUCAUCAAGGCUGCUAAGGCAGACAAGAGUACUGUUGACGCUGAAGUUAAAGUAUUGCUAGCACUGAAAACAGAGUUCAAGAAAGUCACAGGUGAAGACUGGAAGCCAGACUUGAAACCAGCUGCGGUGUCUUCUACCCCUUCCUCUGCUCCUGCUGCUGCUACCACCCCAGCCAAAAUGACUGACAACAAGGUUGAAUCGUUGGUUUCCAGUGUGAAUGCACAGGGUGAGAAAGUCCGACAGCUGAAAGCUUCUGGUGGAAGCAAAGAUGAAAUUGAUGCUGCUGUGAAACAACUUCUGAGCUUAAAGGCUGAAUAUAAAACCGUUACCGGAACUGAUUUUCCUGUUGCUGGUCGCACUCCCAAGCCAGCAAAGGCUGCUGCUCCACCUAAAGAAAAGUCUAAGCCCAAACAACAGCCCAAAGAAAAAGAAACCGAGGAUGGCCAGGGUGUUAAGAAGCAAACUCGCUUGGGAAUGGAGGCUCGCAAAGAGGAAAACUUGCCUGAUUGGUAUUCACAAGUAAUUCAGAAGGGUGAAAUGAUAGAAUAUUAUGACGUGAGUGGCUGUUACAUCCUUCGUCCAUGGUCUUUUGCUAUUUGGGAAGUGCUCAGUGGUUGGUUUGACAAUGAAAUCAAGAAGUUGGGAGUUCAGAACUGUUACUUCCCUAUCUUUGUCUCGCGUGCUGCUCUUGAGAAAGAGAAGGAUCACAUUGCAGACUUCUCACCUGAGGUCGCCUGGGUCACCAAGUCUGGUGAUUCUGAUUUGGCUGAGCCCAUUGCUAUUCGUCCUACUAGUGAGACAGUGAUGUAUCCAGCUUUUGCCAAGUGGAUUCAGUCAUAUCGGGAUCUCCCUAUCAAACUUAACCAAUGGAACAAUGUUGUUAGGUGGGAGUUCAAACAUCCUCAGCCUUUCCUUCGAACUCGUGAAUUUUUGUGGCAAGAAGGACACACUGCUUAUGCAAACCAGAAGGACGCAGAGGACGAAGUCUACACUAUAUUAGAUUUGUAUGCAAGGAUUUAUGAGGAGCUUCUAGCUAUUCCAGUGGUGAAAGGCCGCAAAACAGAAAAGGAAAAGUUUGCUGGAGGUGAUUUUACUACGACUGUUGAAGCUUUUGUAGCAGCAAGUGGGAGAGCCAUUCAAGGUGCUACUUCUCACCAUCUUGGACAGAAUUUCUCAAAAAUGUUUGAUAUCGUUUUUGAAGAUCCAGAGACUCAAGAAAAGAAGUUUAUCUUCCAGAAUUCUUGGGGAUUUACCACGAGGACUAUUGGUGUCAUGAUCAUGGUCCAUUCUGACAAUCAAGGUCUGGUUCUUCCACCCCGAGUUGCUCCCACUCAGGUGAUCAUUGUUCCGUGUGGUGUGACAGUCUCCAUGAAGGAGGAAGAGAAGAAGGCUCUCUUUGCCUCAUGCAAAGAUCUAGAAGAAGUAUUACGCAAGAAAAACAUUCGGGUUGAGGGUGACUACAGAGACAACUACUCUCCUGGCUGGAAGUUCAAUCAUUGGGAGCUUAAGGGAGUACCUAUCAGGAUAGAGCUUGGCCCCAAGGAUCUUAAAAACCAGCAGUUGGUUGCUGUCAGAAGAGACACUGGUGAGAAGACCACUAUUCCGCGCCCAAAGGCGGACAUAGAGCUGGCUUCCCUCCUUGAGACUAUCCAGAAAUCAAUGUUUGACAGGGCGACCAAAGAUUUUGGUGAGCACACAGUGGUAUCCAAAAGUUGGGAUGAAUUCUGUUCUGCUUUGGAGAAGAAGUGUGUGAUUAUGUCUCCAUUCUGUGGGGAAAUACCUUGCGAGGACAACAUUAAGAAAGACAGUGCAAGGGACGAUGAGGCUCAGGACUCAGGAGCACCUGCUAUGGGAGCCAAGAGUUUGUGCAUACCAUUCAAACCACCUGCACAGAUUACUGCAACUGACCGCUGCAUUCAUCCAGCUUGCAAAGCCAAACCAAAAGCUUACACUCUAUUUGGACGUAGUUAUUAAUCCUAGUAAUAAUAAUGAUAAUAUUAUUUGGGAAUUUUGGCUUCAAUAUUGAAGGCAUGUGAAUAUGAAUUAAACAAUGAUUUAGUUGUA